AUGGCAGACUAUUACUUGGGAUACACAGAAUUGGAGGGAGACUUGUAUACAUUGUCGGGGAUUCUUCACACCUUUAGUAAUUUUGCCAGCACGCAGCCAGACAGUGUCUCUGAGAACUGUGUAACAAUCUACGGGUCGACAGGGAUUUACUAUGACGAGUCAUGCAGCGCAAAACACUUCGGAGUUUGUUCUUCGAUUCCAAAUUCUGCAAAAAGUCACCAAGAGACAACAAAUGCAAUAACUACCACAACUAUUCCUUCAUCUUCCAUCGUUGAUACAAAUUGUAUUUGUUCCUGUUCUAUGACCUAUGAUCUGAACCCAAAGGUUAAUCUCACUGCUGAGCAGGAAGCAGAAAUCAAAGAAAUAAAGCGAAACCUUACUGUCGAGAAGUCCACAUUAUCGAGUUCAGUGCGCAGGCGCACAAGUGCUCCAGAUGAUCGCAGAUCUUCACAAACUGUUGGGUUAUUUGGUAUUUGUUUUCUUACCCUCACGUUUGGGUUUCUCGUAUUUGCUGAUUGCAUCCGGGCAAUAGACUUAAUCAAUUGUCAGCAGAGACAUGACAUCUUCACUUUCCAUUAAGAUCUUUUUAUCAGCAUGGAAUUAGUCAAAAUGUACAUAUAUUUCUUGUCGUUUCUUUCGUACAUACUUUAUC